GGGGCUGGAGGCAGGGGCAGCAGUGCCAUGGGGUCGCGGAGGGCCGUGGGCCGGGGCUGGGGCCUGGGUGGACGGGCAGGGGGCGGUGGCGAUGGCGAGGACGACGGGCCGGUGUGGACGCCUGGCCCAGCCAGUCGCAGCUACCUGCUUAGCGUGCGGCCGGAGACUAGCUUAUCCAGCAACCGGUUGUCUCACCCCAGCUCUGGAAGGAGCACCUUCUGCUCCAUCAUCGCUCAGCUCACAGAGGAGACCCAGCCACUGUUUGAGACCACACUCAAGUCCCGAGCUGUGUCCGAAGACAGUGAUGUCAGGUUCACCUGCAUUGUCACAGGAUACCCAGAGCCGGAGGUGACCUGGUACAAGGAUGACACAGAACUGGACCGUUACUGUGGCUUGCCAAAAUACGAGAUCACCCAUCAAGGCAACCGCCACACCCUGCAGCUGUACAGGUGUCGGGAAGAAGAUGCUGCCAUCUACCAGGCCUCUGCCCGGAACACCAAGGGCAUCGUGUCCUGCUCAGGGGUCCUAGAGGUGGGCACUAUGACCGAGUACAAGAUUCACCAGCGCUGGUUCGCCAAGUUGAAGCGCAAGGCCGCAGCCAAGAUGCGGGAGAUUGAGCAGAGCUGGAGACACGGGAAGGAGGCAGCAUCUGAGGACACACUUCGCAAGAUCAGCCCUGACCGCUUCCAGAGAAAGCGCCGGCUGAGUGGAGCCGAAGAGGCAGUCCCCUCAGCCCCAGUGGAGGAAAUGGAGGAAAGGUCCUUGGCAGCGGCAGCCUGGCAGGAAGGAGAGACUGAGUCUACCCAGCACCCAGCUUUGGGGUUGAUCAAUAGUUUUGCUCCUGGAGAGGCACCCACCAAUGGAGAGCCUGCCCCAGAAAAUGGGGAAGAUGGAGAGCACGGCCUGCUGACAUACAUUUGUGAGGUCAUGGAGCGGGGGCCUCAGAACAACCUUCCAAAGGAGUCUGGGGCUAAGAAGAAAAGGAAAGACGAGGAAUCCAAACCAGGAGAGCAGAUGCCAGAGUUAGAAAAGACAGAUGGAAGCCAGAGCUCCUCAGAAAAUGGUGUCCCUGCUGCAGGCAAACCCGAUUCCACUAGAAGAGAGAAGAAGCCCAUGGAUACGCAGCCAGCUCAGACCCAGCCCAGAGGCAGGAUAGCUCGAGGGCCUGGGCCUUCUGGGAUAGAAAGCACCAGGAAGAAAGCCUCUGUCAUGGGCAUUCAAGACAAGGUCCAAGAUGCCCCAGCCCCGACCGCAGCCCUUGUCCCAGCCUCGGCCCCAGCCCCGGCCCCAGCCCCCACCCCUGUUCCCAGCCUCAGCUCAGAGCAGGUAUAUUUCUCCCUGAAGGACAUGUAUUUGGAGAGCACCCGGGCAGCCAAGCCCCAGGGACAGGAAAUGCCUCCGCCCCGAAAUACCAGGGUACCUGGAGAAAGUCCCUCAGGGAAGGUACCUGUCGAGGCUAGGGGUCAGAAGGUACCUAUGGUCCCCGGCCAACCCCCACCUUCCAUGGUCCCCCCACCCAUUAAGCCUUUGAACAGGAAGAGAUUUGCUCCUCCUAAACCCAAAGUGGAGCCCACUGCCACCUCUUCCUCAAGUCAGGCUCCAGAAUCAGUGGCCCAGACCUUAGGGAGGGCCCUACCUCCAGCCUCUGCCCAGGUCCCAACACCCCCUGCCAGACGGAGACACAGCACCCGAGAUAGCCCCUUGCAAGGACAAACGAGCCACAGGACUCCCGGAGAGGCUCCGGAGUCCCAAACCACCAUGGCUCCAGCCAUGUUGGCCAGCAGCAGCUCCGAUACCCUCUCUGUUGAUCACAGCCCCUCUGGAAGUCAAGGUGCCACGGAGCCCAUGGAAACAGAAACCCAGGAGGAUGGGAGGGCACCUGCUGAUGGGAGGACUGGAGGCAGGAAGAAAACACAAAUAGAUGGACAGCUGCGAGUGGAUGGAAGGACUGAGAGAGGCGAAACAGAAGCUUCCCAGAGGACACAGAUAGACAAGAAGGCGCAGGUGGACGCUGUGACACAAGGAAGUGAGAGGCCACAGUCAGACAGGAGUUCACAGAAGGCUUUGGUGACGGAGAGAAGGGUGGAUACACAGGUAGGACAGACGCAGGUAGAGGAGAGGUUGCAGCAAGGCUUGAGAGACGCAAGGAUACAGAAAGAAGAGGAGACACAGUCAGUGGGCAGCAUUCCCACAGCUUUCAAAACCCAAUCAGAGCAGCCAUCUGUGGUCAGCCUCAGCUCACUGCCAGGCGCCCUCAAACUCUCACCGUCAGAAUGCCCGGGGCCUCUUCCAGUCAUGGAAUGUUCUGAGAAGAGCCCAGAAGCAUCCCGUGUCCAAGAAGAACCUGGUUUCAUGGUUAGGUCUGAGGAGCCAUCAGUAACAGCCUUCAGAAGCCAUGAGGACACUCUACAAAGUCCCCAGUCAGGGAACCGUAUGUGCCCGGUGCAGCUGCCUCUUGAGGGGAACUCAGAGCAGUUGGGAGGAGAAACACAUCAAAGGCCAGAGUGGUCAGGUCUGGUCAAGGCCAAGCAAGAGGACAAUGUUUUUCAGAAGAAAGAGCAGCCUGGGGAAACACUGCAUGAGGAUGUGCCCGGUGGGCAGUCAACUGGCUUGAGUCAGGGCGUGCCCACCAUGCCGCCGUCUUUCCCUGAAACUGGCCUGCCCGAGGGGUUGCCCAGCGCCACAGCUUCUCAACACAUUAACACAGAAGACUCCCUCCCCUCCAGGGGCCAGGACUUGCUGAGUUCUGCUGCCGCUCUGCAACUGGGGCCAGGGUCCCCCACCCAGAGUGCCCCACCAGAAGCCAUGGCUACCAGCAGUGAGGGAGCCUGUGCUAAGGAGCCACGUGUGGAGGGGAGGUCCUCAGGUACCCGUAGCUGUGACCCUGGCCUUAUAGAUUCCCUGAAGAACUACUUGCUUCUGUUGCUGAAGCUAUCCAGCCCAGAGACAAAUGAAGCCAGGGCAGAGUCCCAGGAAGUGGCUGCUACUGGUGGCUUAGCUUCCUCCCCUACUCUGGUCCCCACCAUGGAAGUGGCUGGGCUGAGUCCCAGGACAUCGAGGCGUAUCCUGGACCGUGUGGAGAACAACCACUUGGUGCAGAGUGCGCAGACCCUGUUGCUGAGCCCCUGCACCUCCCGCCGCCUUACUGGCCUCCUGGACCGCGAGGUGCAGGCUGGCCAGCAGGCCCUGGCUGCUGCCCAGUGUUCCCGGGCCCUGGGACCCAGCCCCCUCACCAUCCCUGCCAUCGUGGUGGGUGAGGAAGGAUCUGGUGCCAGCGAGGGAGAGGAUUCCGGGGAGAGGACCUCUCAGGGAAGUGACAAGAGUGGAUUACUAGGGGAGGUGGAAGGGCAAACAGUGGAGAGCAGAAGCCAGGAGCAAGGCCAAGAAGAAGCAAGCCCGGGGGAGGCUUUGACGGGUCUGCCUGCAGCUACACCUGAGGAACUGGCUCUAGGGGCCCGGAGGAAGAGGUUCCUCCCUAAGGUUAGAGCAGCAUCAGAGGGAGACACCAACAAGACUGAAGAAAGGGAGAGCCCCACAGUUUCCCCACGGGGACCCAGAAAGGGCCUGGCACCCGGGUCCCCAGGGACUCCAGGGCGAGAGAGACGUUCGCCUACCCAGGCUCGAAAGAUCAGCAUGCUAGAGGUGCCUGGGACAGAUGAAGAGCUUGUCACAGGAGACCUGGCCUCCAGACCCAAAGCCAGUGCCCUGGAGCCAGAGCCUGCCCUGGAUGAAGGCAAACAGGAUGCUCUGGCCAAGCCAAGGAAAGCCAAGGACCUGCUGAAAGCCCCACAGGUUAUCCGGAAAAUUCGGGUGGAGCAGUUUCCAGAUUCUUCUGGUAGUCUGAAGCUUUGGUGCCAGUUUUUCAACAUUGUUAGUGACUCAGUCUUGACCUGGGUGAAGGAUCAGCAGCCAGUGGGCGAGGUGAGCAGGAGUGCAGGGGACGAGGGGCCGGCAGCCCUGGCCAUCGUACAGGCAUCUCCUGUGGACUGUGGUGUGUAUCGCUGUACCAUCCAAAAUGAGUAUGGCUCAGCCUCCACUGACUUCUGCCUCAGCCCUGAGGUGUUGUCUGGCUUCAUCUCCAGAGAGGAAGGCGAAGUUGGAGAAGAAAUUGAGAUGACCCCCAUGGUGUUUGCUAAGGGUCUGGCUGACUCUGGCUGCUGGGGGGACAAGCUUUUUGGGCGAUUGGUGAGCGAGGAACCGCAAAGGGGUGGACACGGCCUUCAGAAGGCUUCCCAGGCCAAGGUCAUCUACGGGCUAGAACCCAUCUUCGAAUCCGGCCGUACAUGUGUCAUCAAGGUGUCCAGCCUGCUCGUGUUUGGACCCAGCAGUGAGACUUCUCUCCUGGGCAGAAACUAUGAUGUCACUAUCCAGGGGUGCAAGAUCCAGAACAUGAGUCGGGAGUACUGCAAAAUCUUUGCAGCUGAGGCCCGUGCAACCUCUGGCUUCGGGGAGGUGCCUGAGAUCAUCCCACUUUAUUUGAUCUACCGGCCUGCGAACACUAUACCAUACGCUACCUUGGAAGAAGAUCUGGGCAAGCCGCUGCAGCCGUAUUGUUCCAGGCAAUGGGGCUGUGCUGGGGCCCCAGCAGCAUCCAGCAGCUCGGAGGCCAUGCAGAAAUGCCAGACCUUCCAGCACUGGCUGUAUCAGUGGACGAAUGGCAGCUUUCUGGUCACAGACUUAGCAGGGGCUGACUGGAAGACGACUGAUGUCCAGAUUGCUACCAAACUUCGAGGAUACCAAGGCCUCAAGGAGAGCUGUUUCCCCACCCUGCUGGACCAGUUUGCCUCUUUCCACCAGUGCAACACCUACUGUGAGAUGCUGGAGCUGAAACCCCUCAAGGGCCCUGAGGCUGCCCACCCUCAAGCCAAGGCCAAAGGCUCCAAGAGUCCAUCCGCAGGCAGGAAAGGGUCCCAGCUGAGUCCUCAGCCCCAGAAGAAAGGCCUUCCUAGUCCCCAGGGCACGCGGAAGUGCACUCCAAGCUCCAAGGCCACGCCUCAGGCCUCUCAGGCAGUCACUGUUCAGUCAUUGGGGGAGCCUCCUGCCCAAGAGGGGAGCUCUAAGGCCCAAGGCAUGCGGUAGCCC